AACUUGACUGCAACAAAGAAAAAUGGCCCUUUCGAUCUCUCGUGUUAUCGAUCAUUCGAAGUAGUCAUCAGUAUUUAAACUACUAAAAGAAAUGGUUUCAAUGAAUUGAUCCAAUUUGUUAGCAAAUCUUGACGAUCUUCUCAAAACCCUAACAUACUCUUCUCUGAUGGAAGACGACGAUGAGUUUGGAGAUUUGUACUCCGAUGUACUCCAGCCCCUUACGAUAUCGUCCGCACCUCCUCAGCCGCCUAACCGUUCGAUGGAUCCCAAGAAUACAAUUCCCAGCGAUGAUGAGGAAAUUCUUUAUGGUGCUACUAGUUCCAAUCAAUUAAACAAGGCCCAGAAUGGUUCAAAUCCGAACUUGAACACCGAUGGAAAUUCAGCCAUGGUUGAAGAGUGCUUGGGAGAGCAGGUGGCGCCGGCGGUGGAUUUACGAGCAAGUAGUAGCGGUUUGGUUAAAUUGGAAGAGAAGGGUUUUGAAGAAGAUUCAAAUUAUAUGGAUGAUGAUACUAAGGUAAAGGAGGAGGCUUUGGACGGUAAUUUUGGGAUUGAAGAUACCGGAGGUGAGCAAGACUUGAAAAUUCCGGGGUUGUCGUCGUCCGAAGCUAGGGUUUCACAACAGCGUGGUGAAGUAGGGGAAGGUGAUGACGACUGGGAUGAUAGCGACAGUGAGGAUGAUUUGCAAAUUCUGUUGAAUGAUAAUAAUGGUGGGGGUCUGAUGGGAAUGGAGGGAGGUGGAGGCGCAGAUGAUGCGGAUAAUGAAGGCGAGGACAAUUUGGUCAUUCUGGGUGAUAAUGAUGAUCCGAAUCAUCAUCAUGAUCAUCAAGCAAUGGAAGAGAUGCAAGAUUGGGGUGAAGAUGCUAGUCAGGCUGCAGAAGGAGGGGGAGGUAGAAAAGAUCUAUUGGUGGGUGAUGCCGCGAAAGCCAAUGGUGGUGUAGGAGCUGUGAUUGCACCCAAGAUUGGAUACAGUAUUCAUGGUUAUCAUCCGUUUCAUUCUCAGUUCAAGUAUGUGAGACCUGGUGUGCCUGGAGCAGCUCCCAUAGCAACUGGUGGAGCCCCAGGCCAAGUUCGUCCACCUACAAGUGUGCCACCUUUCACUGGUCGUGGUAGAGGUGAUUGGCGGCCAGCAGGAUUAAGAAAUGUUUCUCCGAUGCAGAAGAACUUCCACCCAGGUCAAGGGAUGCCCGGUUGGGGAAACAAUGGAGCUGUGCGAGGACUGGAGUUCACCCUUCCUUCACAUAAGACUAUAUUUGAAGUUGACAUUGAUGGUUUUGAGGAAAAACCAUGGAGACUCCAAGGUAUUGAUAUAUCAGAUUUUUUCAACUUUGGUUUGAAUGAGGAAAGCUGGAAAGAAUUCUGCAAACAGCUGGACCAAUUUCGCCUGGAGGCGACUAUGCAAAGCAAAAUUCGUGUCUAUGAAAGUGGGAGGACCGAACAGCAAUAUGAUCCAGACCUGCCCCCAGAGCUAGCGGCAGCAGCAGGCAUUCAUGGCAUCUCAUCCGAAAAUCAAAAUAUUGGAAAGGCCAAUAUACAUGGCAACUUAGCAAAGGGAUUUACACGUAGUCGGAUGCAACUGCCAGCUGGAAGAGCAAUACAGGUAGAAACUGGUUCUGGUGAACGUCUUCCAUCCAUUGAUACACGGCCACCACGACCCCGUGAUUCAGAUGCUAUUAUUGAGAUUAUCUUGCAAGGCUCUGCAGAUGAUGAAUCUGUUCCAGUAGAUGAUAUUGCAGAACAGCCUGAUGAUGAUCCUUCAAGAGAAAAUCCCACAGAAGGCCUCGAAAUUGAAGAAGACAAUGCUUCAGUAGGUGAUCAUUUUGAUAGAACCCUGCAGGCUUAUAAUGACAGGAAGAGGGAAGGCGUAGGAAGAAGAGCACCUUCUGUGGGUUCUAUCCAUGAUGAGACAACUGCAGGAGAUAGGAUAUCACCUUUCCAUUCAGAAGCACAGGUUGGAGAUCAUCCUGAUUCAAGGGGAAAGACCUGUGCAUAUCCCAGGAAGAAGCUCAAGUCUCCUCAUAAUCACAAUGAGAGGCGGACAAAGAGAAGAGCUCAGGACAGAUCACCCCAUUCAGCUCAUGAUGGAAGUUUUCAGGAUAAGGAGUUUGCUGAUAAUCAGAAGGAAGGAUCACCUGACAAUGUUGAAGGUAAGCAGAGUCCUUCUAGGUCUCGUCUUACUUAUGGCAGUGCGGAGGACCAGGACUUUAGCCAGAAUGAUGCUAUUAAAGAUGAUGUUGUAGAUGCUGAUGGAAGCACAGCAAUUGAAAGGGAGGAGAUAGCUUUAGAUAUAACUGCCACUGGCACCUCUAAAGAUGAAAACCAAACACGUCCCAUGAAGAACCAAACACUUACCUCUCGAGCUGCACGGUCUUCUGUUGAAAAGUUUGACAAUAGAGAGGAUCCGAGGACUGCAAGAAGUAGUGAUAACAGCAAAGCAAGGUCCGGAAGCAGCAGAGAUCAACGCAGCAUGCAAAAUAGUGUUGAGGAGGAAGUUGUUCAAGCCAGAAGCUCUGUGCACGGUGGAAACACCAGGAGAUCUUUCGGUGAAGGUGAGCGUUCUAUUCGAAGUAGAGACCGUGAUGAGAGACAAGAGAGUGACAGACAUCGAAAGGCAAUGGAGAGGAUGGAAGAUCCAUAUUCUCGUAAAAAAUGGGAUUCUAACUCUACAUAUCACUCAAAAUCUGAAAAAAUUUAUAGACAAAAGGGGAGAGAAUCUGAAGGAGCAUGGCAAGAUGAGGAUCUACAUGUAGGAUGGACAAGGGCUGAAAACAUCAGGAAACGGGACCGUCUUGAGGAAUUGGCAUCUAGACAACGGCAUAAGAUUCGAGAAAGUGAGAGGAGUGAUAAAGAUCAACAUUACUCAAGGAAAGUAUUGGAAAAUGGUAGUUGGAAAGGUGACCGUGACAGAGAUUUGGUAUCCCAACAUAACAAUGGCAGCAUAAAAAGUCGCCAUGACGAAUUAGGCAUCCACAACAAAAGAAGGAAAGAAGAGGCACAUACUUGGAGGGGGGGCCAUACUGAACGAGAAGAAGCUUUGCAUGUCCAUAGAGAUAGUACCAGUCGCCAGAAGCGAGAGAAAGAUGAUAACUUGGACCAGCGAAAGAGAGAUGAGCAGGCAAGAUUAAGGGAAGAUGACCAGCACUCUUUCAGGUAUAAAGAAGAGGGCUUGCUACCAAGGGAGAGUGUUGAAAAGCAAAGGGAAAGAAAUGAGUGGAAGGAAAGAGAAGGACGUGAAGGAAUGAGAAGUGGACGAGCAGUAGAAGACAAAGCUUGGAUUGGCCAUUCUAGAUUGAAGGAAGAUUACAGAAGUACGGAAAGAGAGUAUCAGUUCAAAGACACAGUCCGGGAAAAACCAGGUAGAAGGGAUAGAAUUGAAAAUGAAGGCCUUCUGCGGCAUACAGGACGUGAAGAUGCGUAUUCACAUGGAAACAAGCUGAAUGAUGAUGAAGGAAUAUCUAGGCAGGAAAGGGGAAAUACCGGUAGUGGUCAUAAUUCCGGUGCUACUGAUAUGCAUAGGUUGCAGGAUAAAAAACCCAAAGAAAGCGUAAGGAAGAGUAAAGAAACUGAUGGUGUUGCUCACAGUUCUUUGGCUCCUUCAAGGAGGAAUCGAGAAGACCACAACAGUCAGAAGAGUGAGCGGGUGAGUUCGACCGGCGUGCUUGAGCAAGGAAACAGUGAACAGACGCGUCUGAAUCGUCAAUCUUCCAGAAAACACAGAGCAAACGCUUCACCAGAGGAUGAACGGAAAGACUCGAGGAGAGGACGUUCCAAGCUGGAAAGAUGGACAAGCCACAAGGAUGUUGAUUUCAGUUUAGGUGUUAACUCAUCAGCCUCCUCGCAUAAUGUGGAAAAGACCAGUAGAUAUGACGACACUCAGCCCAUGAAACCAGUGGACGAAUCUUCCAAGCCACAAGAAAUAGUCGAGAAAUCAAACGCAAAACCUUUGGUGGAAGAGAAUGAUGAUGUGAAAGUAGGUGAGGAGGGUAAACACUUGGACACAGUUGAGAAGCUGAAGAAGCGCAGUGAGCGGUUCAAACUUCCUAUGCCGAGUGAAAAAGAAGCUCUGGCAAUCAAAAAGAUUGAAAAUGAAGUUGGAACCCACGCUGAUUCAACCAUCAAACCAGAGCGACCUGCCAGAAAACGCAGGUGGACAAGUGGCUAGCCAUGUGAAAAUCAAGAAAAUCUCAUCACUUCAAAACCAAUACUUUCGGUGUUUUGGUGUUGUCUGAUUUAUGAAGUUGUAACCAUGAUCCAGCCAGUUUCCUUUUCGUCACUCUUACACUGCUGUAUCUGUAUGUAUAUACAUCUUGUGAAAUUGUAACAUUUUACAGCGGCCCGUGAUGGCUGGAGAUAUGUUUUUACAGACAAACUGACAUUAUUUAUUACUCUA